UCUUUAAAGACAUCGGGAAAGACAGUAAACAGACUUAUUCUGUAAUGACAUUUUUCGCGAUGGGACUUAAAAACACUCCCCUCUUUGUCUUCUUUCGAGGAGUCAUAUUACUCUGCACAGUUUUCCACGCAGGAGUAGAAUCGUCUUCCCUUUCUCGAUCAACAUAUUUCACAACGUUGACAAAUAAGCGGCUUAAAGGUUUUGUCGUGAAACGGUUUAAGUCUCCCAGUCAAAUUUGGUGUGGUCAGUCAUGUUUCAAAAACGCCUGGUGUAUUUCAACAAACUUCAAACCUGCUCCUCAAACUUCCAAGUCUGAUGGCAAAGGAACUUGUGAACUAAACAAGCACGACGUUAUCAAAGAAAACGCACAUUUACAGUUCGAGGCGGGAGCCAUUUUCUCAACACUUAUUAAGGUAGAUAAUUGCAGGAUUUGGAUCGUUUUCAAUGUAUUCGCGAUACCAAGUUUAAUCAAUUCGUUUAUUUUUAAGUCUUGUAAUUUCACAGUUUAACCCUUUCCUCUAUUCGGGAAAAAUCCCCUUAAGUGAGCCGUAAAAACAAGCUGGUGGCACCAAACAAAUAUUUUGUUUCCCCGCCGACGUUUGAGAACUAUCGUGAUAGCAUUCAUCGAUUACCGGUUUAACAUGAAGGUUUGAAGUUCUUUUUCAUUAAAACAAAAAAAUAAUUCUCCUUUAACUAACUAAGGACAAUAAUAAAAAAGAGAGAUAAAGGAAAAAUAUUUCAUGGGGCGUUUGGUGAUCAACUGCAAAUGUUAUGCACCUUAAAGAAAACCAUUAAAUGAUUAUGCAAAUAUUUGUAAAGAACAUAAAACUCGAACUGAUGCUUGCCAGCAGAAGCAAGUUUUGGAAAUGGCACAUACGCUUUCUUUUAUUCCCUUUUAAAUGAAAUCCUUUUCCAGCAAAUAUAGGAAUUUAGAAACAUCAUUGUUUGAUCGAGAUAUUUGAAAUUAUAUGCCGUCCCCAUCCAUUAUGGCUGAUGGGUUCAUGUUUGUUUCUCAUUUGCAUCACAAAAAAAAGUGCAGUGACUCCACCAUUGGUAAAAGCUUGAGGUUGUUGCGAAUCUCAUAUUACUGUCUUUGAAUAUGUAAUAGUUUUGAACUAAAGUUUAUAGAAGCUAGACCAUUAAUAAAUAACAUACCUUGGCUUCGUUUGAAUUCUGCCAAUACAUGUACUUGUAGAUGUUGACUAAAUGCAUAGUUAAAAACAAAAUUUUUAGGCAGCCAGUUUACCCCAAUGGUUUUGUCUGAACAUUACGACUUUGUAAAUCAUGUUUUAGAAGUUUGUUGAAGAAUUGGUGAGGACAGAUAAAUUGUUUAGUUCAAUUUGACGGUGGGUAGGCUUGAUACCUACUCGGUUGUUUGAGCUGGAUCUAGGAGAUAACAAAAACACUGUACUUGAGAGCGUGACUAUUUUCCAGCGAAUUAUUUUUAUCCAUCAGUAGGAAAGUGAAAUAAUUUUGCAGCAUAUUUAUGUUUAUGUAUAUUCUUCUCAUUAUUCCAUCGGCUACUCUUUCUAUCUAGGAUUGCCGUCUAGCAGCUCGCACCUGUUUAAAUGGUGGUGUGUGUUUUUAUGACAAGAAAAGGCAAACUUAUUCAUGUGAAUGCAAGCCCCCUUGGACCGGAGAAACUUGUGCUGAUCUGUGUAAGAAACUACUUUGUAAAGUAGAAUGAAGUUGUAAUGUAUUGCCUGUCGAGAAAAGCUUCAGAGCAGUUUUCCUGUUGCAUUUAUGCGACAACUGAAAAAAUUUAGCGUGACAGUUUUCUGCAAACGAGCAAACAAACUUCAUUCGAACGCUAUUUUGCAUUGUCUUGCUUUUGUAACGCACAUGCUUUAAGAGAUUUACUUCGAUUCAAAAGCGUUAUUAGCUAGACCAACUUAAUCAUAUAUGGUUUGAAGAUCGGUUGGUCAGUCGCCAUAUGAUGUAGCUCCUUUUUACUAAUAACAACUCUUUUGAAAUGUUGUCUUGUAAUCGCAAAAAGUUGACUGUGACAGCCAUCCCUGCAAAAACAAUGGAACUUGUACAGUCGGAGUCAAUGAAUAUAACUGCAGCUGUGCACCAGGAUUUUACGGGACACAGUGUGAAAAGAUUGAAGGCCUAUCUUGUUCAUCAGGUUUGUAGAGAGGUGUAUCGUAUUUUGAUGACAUAAUCUGAGAGCGCAAGCUUCCUUCUACAAAGAGAAGUUCUCGUGGAGAUGGGGAUGACCUUUCAACAUUUUACAAAGUUUUGGAUGGGACAUUAAUUAAGAUUCUUGAGGACAAACCACGCCAAUGUUUUUAUUUUGAUUACGGUUUCUCAUAAAAACUUUCCACAAUUGAUAAUCGUCAGCGUCAGGACGCUGUAAACCCAUUCGAUCAAUAUCAGUAUCUGAGAAGCUACGCUCCUACCCCUCCCCUAACCCAACAAUCGUCAAUUGAUAACAAGUUAAGGUUAAUGUUGGGUUAAGGGAGGGGUUGGUGCCUGUCGCUCACAUACUUAUAUUAAUAAGUAUGCGAUAGAUUGGAUUACCAAUCUAUCGCUUUUUAUCCCUUUACAUCCUAACAACAGUAGGCUUAUUCUCCAUACUGUUCGUUAUACAUUUCCAAAGGUGCUGACGAGGAGAGUUUAUUUAGCGAUCAAAAGCGUCUGUUUUUGGUGAUCAUUUCCUUUAUUCUCAUGACCUUAAUGUUUGAUUCAGCGCUGUUAUUUUAGGGAGAAAUUAGAUGCUAGUCACUCGUCGGGGUUAAAGAGUUCAAGAAGUAGAAAGUGACUGUUGGAUUUUAAAUUGUGUGAAAAGUUUAUACCUCGGGGUUUUUUUUUUUUUAAGCGGUCAGAAUACUUUCAAACGAGCUGACCUAUUUAGGUAAACACCACAAGCUACCUUUGACAUCUCAGAGCGCUCAAGGUACUUUUUUUUGUAUCUUUCUCUCUGGCGUGCGUGGUAGCCGUGCGGAAGCCAAAGCAAGAUUUUUCAAAAAACAAAGACAAUCUUUACUCUGGGUAUCUGUUUAUCGGUUACGUACGUGAUCUGGUAGCGGACAUGAGAUAAAAAGUAAUUACUGAAACAAGAUUAAUCCGGAAAUUUCGCAGUAAGAUUCAUCCAAUUUAAGAGUUGCUUUGCCAUUUCAAGGAAACUGGAGUAAAGAAGAUUGUGUUUUGUUGUUUCCUACAACUUACCGAAUGGUCUUUGGACAGCCUAGCAUAAAGAGUUACGCCAGCAUAACAAACGCCACCUCGUCUAGUCUCUCGGAAUUUACUAUGUGCCUUUUUGUCAAAAUGAAGGAUACAAGUUUCAGUAGUGACCAGUGCCUCUACAGUUAUGCGACUAUUGGAGCACCUUAUGGGAAUGCCUUCUACGUUUGCCUGUUUUCCCCAGGAAUUAGGAUUUCUAUACACGCCCCGGGAGAUAAGUAAGUGAUAUGACAAACACGAUAAAGAAAAGUCUGUACUCGAAUCAAAUGGUCCAUCCAGCCCAACCGUAUCCUGGUCUUCUUAAAAUAAAGCGACUCGUUGGAGUAUUAAUACUUCCCCCUGGACGGGAUGCUUAUCUAUUGCAAUUUUAGCAUUUCAUUCGGUUUCCCCUACAGUGUGCCGUAAUACUCCUGGGUGGAGUGAAGCACUGUAAGAAUAAAGUCUGUCGCCCAAGAACACAACACAAUAACCCAAUAGAAUAAGAUAGAAGAGAACUAAAAAUAUACCGGAAUGAAUGGCGAAUUACGCGCGAGAAAGGGACGCGAAGAUGAAUUUUUUUGAGCUCCUUCCUUCGCGCGUGAAUCACACUUACCUUGGCUCACCUCAAAAAAAGAAAUAAUAUUCCUGUUGCCGCAAUGGGCUAAAGUGCUCCCAGCGGAGUAUUAUCUAGGCUUCUGAUGGUAUUUGGCAUUAACAACACUUGAGAACAAAAACAAGAGAACAUGGUUGUUAACAACCACGUUCUCUUGUUUUUGUUCCCAAGCGACUUAAAAUAAACAAUUAAACGAGUCUAGUGAUUUAAUCAUUGUUAAUGACAAAAUUUAGUGCUAUGUUGUAUAUAUAUAUACACAUGAAACUCAUGUACAUACAGCCUACCAGCAGUUACCUGUAGCUCGUUGGAGGAGGAGUCAACUAGUGUAUCAAAUAUAGGUGAACAACCAAUCUUGAUGUCACAUUGAAUUGGACCGCAAUCAGUCAAAAACUGAGAGUUUCUGAUAUAAUUUUAAUUGUUUAUGUUCAUUUUGUAAGUGAUACAGACGCCAGAGUCAAAAUAAAUGAUACCAUGUGGCAUCACAUUUGUGUUACCUGGAAAAAUACCAAAGGCGACUGGCAGUUUUAUCUGGAUGGACAACUUCAAAGCUCUGGAACUGGCUUGAAGAAAAAUCAUCAGAUACCAGCCGGCGGAACAGUUGUCAUUGGACAAGACCAAGAUAAAGUCGGAGGGGGCUUUGAUAUCGAAGAUAGCUUUGGGCCGGGUGAGGUAACAGAAGUCAAUCUUUGGAGUAGGGUCCUUUCUGGCGAUGAAAUUGCAGCUCAGAAGGCAAAUUGUGACAUCGCACAAGCAGGCCUCGUUCUCUCGUGGGGACAGUUCAAAGGAAAAGUUACUGGUGUGAAAAUAGUCGAGCCUUAAAAGUGAUAGGAUUUUUAACACCACCAUCUUGUUUGCGACAAACUCUUUAUAACAGAAAGAGAUCCUUCCUCGAGCAAGGAACACCUAACACUGAUCAAUAUCUACAUACAUGUUAAAUAGCUUUUACCACUCGUAUUGUGGAGUCCAACAAUUGUUAUUACACAGAUGACAGCUCUUUUAUCCAGUUCAGUAGAGUGUUUCAUAGAUUGCGCCCUUCUAUUUAUGAUUUGAUAACCUUAAGGUUGCUCUCUAGUCGCUCGUUACUGUUGAUGAAACGCCAAAGUUCAGGACUGAAGUAGCGAGUAUCAUUCAAUUAUUAGUCACGAAGCAUUUAAGCUAAGUUUGCACGAAUAUCAUGAUCAUAAUCACCAAAACACGAUCUCUGAACCACAUGACACAAUUUGUAUCUCUUUCUUAGUGAUUUCGUUGCACGAGGCAAUCGAAGGCGGAGAAAAAAGAGAGGGUAAAAAACAUUGCUUCCUUGGCUGAAAUCUCGGAUAGUGGUAUGCCCCCCUCUUGAGUUAUAUUGCACCAGAGUAUUUUCCCUUAACUUAACCUUUAAAGAAGAGCUCAAAACCCAGCCUUGAAUUUUGUUAAUGAUUUCCAUCCAUUGUGUCUAAGUCACAAAACCUUCCUAAGUACCUUUGUCUUGUAAGUUUUGUUCCCUCGGUUUUAAAUAUUUGCCAUGGUGGAUUUCUUUUCAAUUGUAAUUGUAAUUGAUUAUGGUUUUAAGUAACCGUAAGUGCAACCGUAAUAAUAUUUGAGAUACUAUUAACGGGUUGGAACUGGUGACAACAUUUGGCUGAAACUCGAUUUGUUCAUAAUAAAGGUAGUUGUAAUGUGUUGUCGUAAAGGAGGUCAAUUGAUGAAGUUUGAAGAAGAACC